GCAACAACAUACGGCAGCUGACUGUCCCGAUGAGCGGAUUAAAGCGAACAACUUUGACACUUUGAGCGCAACUUUCCCGAGGUUUGUUUGGAAAAUAAGGCGAGUCAGCUCGUCGGUAAGUGACUUAGUGUCCCGUAAAGUGAAAAGGAGGAGUGACGGCCAGUGAAGUAACAGUUAAAAUCAAGAAAAGACAAAAAAACAAGGGCGAGGGUGAACGUUAAUUUAGCAGCUAUGCUAGCUCCAGCGGGGAAGCGGCGUCUGUGUCCUCCGGCUCGCCACAAGAUGCGAUAAUCCCGACCUCACUUUACCACCGUGUGGAGAGUCGCUGGAUUAACAAUGUCCGGGGAGAGGGCGCCUUUGCCGGCCGGGGGAAACAGCCUGCUCCGCGGGAGCCGGACGAGGUCUUACGGCAGUUUGGUCCAGUCGUCGCUGUCUCCGGUGCGGCAGAGGCGGAUCGAGCACCAAGUCCAACCCGGAGAGACGCUGCAAGGCCUGGCCCUGAGAUACGGAGUGUCCAUGGAGCAAAUCAAAAGGGCAAACAGACUGUACACCAACGACUCGAUAUUCCUGAAAAAGUCCCUGUCUAUUCCCGUGCUGUCGGACUCAGACGUCUACAGUAACAAGGCGGCUUUGGCCGAAGAGGACUCAGACGACUGUUCAGGUUGCGAUUCGGCCAGAAACGGGAACGUAGAGCGCUCCCCUGAUCAGAUACAGGACGAAGGCGAAGGAGGGGCGUCAGAGCUUUCUCCGGUGGAUUUCCUCAGGAGGAUGGACGGCUUGAUAAGCCAGUCCAAAAAGGCUGCUGUCAGAGGAUGCCAGGAAGGAGAGAAAAGGUUUGCCGCUCUGGAAGCAGCUUGCAGCAGCAGGACACCAGACCGCCGCCGGCUUACAAGGUCGCAGAGUGCCAUUUCCUCUUCCAGAGCGCAGCAGCAGGCCUCACAUGUGGCGGUGCCCCUCACCAUCAUCAAACGCACCCAGAAACUCAAAGAGACUGAGGAUGAGAUCUUUGAAUUGUGAGAUUGCGUUCCUGCUGCCUCACUCGGCUCAUGAAACAGACUUCCCUAAUAAACUAAGUGAAAGGGAUUGACCUCCAGAUAAUCUGGCAUUUCAGAUUAAGGAACAGAUGUUAUUCAGAGUUGCUGCCAAUUCACCUGUUGGACUAGAAGAGUAAAAAAAAAAAAAAAUCCUUCUAUACUUCCACUUCAAUAGACAUUAUUUGAAGAUACAAAUUCUAUAAAGUUAACCAUUUCUCAAAGAAAAGAACUUCCAUAGCCAUGUUAUUUAUUUUUUGAGAUCUAGAUUAUAAAGAGGUUGAUAUGACCCGACAUAGUUUUGUUUGGUUCUUUUUUUUUUUCUUUUUUUUUAUUAUAUCCACAUGCAAGACAUAUGAGCAUAACACUUUCAGAGAUGAGAUUUUGCACUUGGAAUUGUGUCUGGUCAUAAGACGGCUCAUGUGAUUGACUCCAUGUGGGGUUUGUGUGUAAUGCUACCUCACAGCCUGAUCAUGUAAUGUUGGCCACUACUGAUGUUUAGCCAUGGACCGGCUCCUUUUAGUGUAGCAUAUUCUUUUUU